GUACAUUGCAUAAUGAAAAAAUACGCCCUUAUCGGCACUGGCGGCCGCGCCAUGUUCUUCUACAACGCCAUCGUGCGCGACUUCCGUAGCACCGCCCAACUGGUCGCCUUCUGCGACACCAACACUACUCGUCUGGCAUAUGCCAUUUCACGGAUCCAGGAGUUGGGUAACGACUCUAUUCCAACCUAUCUCGCCCGGGACUUCGACCGCAUGAUUGAAGAGACUCGGCCGGACGAGGUGAUUGUGACCACCAUCGACCGAACCCACCAUCAGUACAUCGUGCGGGCGCUUGAGCUGGGCUGCAAUGUUAUCACCGAGAAACCCAUGACCAUCGAUGCGCCCCGCUGUCGACAGAUUUUUGACGCUGUCGAACGCACUCAGCGUCAGAUCCGGGUGACAUUCAACUACCGCUAUGCACCUCACAAUACGCGGAUCGCGGAGCUGCUCGCUGCCGGGGCGAUCGGAGAGGUGAACGCGGUGCACUUUGAGUGGGUGCUGAACACCUCACACGGCGCGGAUUACUUCCGACGCUGGCAUCGCGAUAAGCGGAACAGUGGUGGGCUGCUGGUGCACAAGUCGACGCACCAUUUCGACUUGGUCAAUUUCUGGUUGCGGACCCGGCCCGAGACGGUGGUGGCCAUGGGCGAUCUGCGCUUUUAUGGCAAGGAAAACGCAGAGCGACGGGGUGAGACGCAAUUCUAUUCGCGGUCCCGAGGAAGCGAGGUGGCCAAGGAAGACCGGUUCUCGCUGGAUCUCGAGGGCAACGGAAAAUUGAAAGCGCUGUAUGCCGACGCAGAGUGGGAGGACGGGUACUACCGCGACCAGAGCGUUUUCGGCGAUGGCAUCAGUAUUGAGGAUACCAUGGGGGUCAUGGUGCGGUAUCAGUCUGGCGCGGUCCUGACCUACAGCCUCACGGCGUAUGCGCCAUGGGAGGGAUUCCGGGUCAACUUCACCGGGAGCAAGGGGCGGUUGGAGGUCGAGGUGGUGGAGCAGUCGUAUGUUAACUCGGGAGGCGAUCAGGCCCUAGAGGGCGCUCUCGAACGUCGGACUAUUCUGCUACGGCCUAUGUUUGGGAAGCCGGUGGAAAUCGACGUGCCCACCGGAGAGGGAGGUCAUGGGGGAGGUGACCCUCAGCUACUGCAGGAUCUGUUUGGCACACCAGGGUCUGAUCCUUUGGGUAGGGCUGCAUCGCAUGUGGAUGGGGCGUGGUCGAUUGCGACCGGCAUCGCGGCCAACGAGUCGAUGCGCCGGGGGGCCAUAGUGCGGGUGGGAGACUUGUUCCCAUUGUAG